GCAGCGGUUCAUUCAUCUUCUUCCAGAGAGAGGUGAGUUAACACGAAGGUGAUUUUACAUGAGGGAGCAACUGUUUGGGAGCAAAACACCGCCGUGACUGUAGCUGGGAAGCAAAAAAUAGGCUUUUGUUUUCUAGCUAAAGGAGCUUGUUCUUCUUCCAGACAAUACAGGAGGUGAAGCAUCAUGGGGAAACACAACAGCAAACUGGCUCCAGAGGUCUUGGAUGAUCUGACCAAGAACACCGAAUUCAACGAGGCAGAGCUCAAGCAGUGGUACAAAGGCUUCCUCAAAGACUGUCCCUCUGGCAUUCUCAACCUGGAGGAGUUUCAGCAGCUCUAUGUCAAGUUUUUCCCAUAUGGCGAUGCCUCCAAGUUUGCUCAGCACGCUUUUCGGACAUUCGAUAAGAAUGGCGACGGGACCAUCGACUUCAGGGAGUUCAUCUGUGCCCUGUCCAUCACCUCCAGGGGCAGUUUCGAGCAGAAACUCAACUGGGCUUUCAACAUGUAUGAUCUGGAUGGGGAUGGAAAGAUCACACGUAUGGAGAUGCUGGAGAUCAUCGAGGCCAUCUACAAGAUGGUCGGCACGGUGAUCAUGAUGCGUAUGAACGAGGACGGGCUGACCCCUCAGCAGCGUGUGGACAAGAUCUUCUCCAAGAUGGACAAGGAUAACAACGAUGAGAUCACCUUGGAAGAGUUUAAAGAAGCCGCCAAGUCUGACCCCUCCAUCGUCCUACUGCUGCAGUGUGACAUGCAGAAGUAGAGAGGGAAGGGUGGAGAAACAGAGGGAGGGAGGAGGGAGGGACAGGGUAAGUCUGAACUGAAAUUAGAGAAGGAAGGAGGCUGAGUGAGGUGGAAGUAGAGAGGGAGGGAUGCUGCAAGAGGGAGGAGGAGGAGGAGAGAGGCAGGGAAGCUUUUUUUUCCCCCUUUUUUCUGAGACACAGAUGCCUGGAAAUGAGCCAUGUUUGGGACACGGUGAGUCCCUGAUUGAUGCUAUUCUUUUUUGUAGGCCUCCCCGCUGUGCAGUGUUCUCCUGCAGCACUGCUGCCUCACUCUAGAUGGGUGUCUUUAUAUAUUCAGUGUGAUGUUCUGUGAAAAGCGGAAAUCCCUCCAGCUCCAUUUGGCACAGACCAAAGAAACGUGGUAGGGAUUUACAGAGGAAAUAUGUAGUGUAAGUGUCACUCAUGCUUUCGCGCUGUCAAGAUCAGUGCCUAGCAUGUGACAUUACAAAGCUGCAGGGUGUGUUAAGUGCGAAGAUCUGCUAUCUUUUUUUUUAACACAAAUUUUCCUUUGUAUGGUAAUGCAUUGCUUGCUCAGCCUUUCUAAGAUAUUAAUCACACACGAUGCAAUUGCAAAGCAGGUUACAUCCAACUGAUGUCAGCCAACAUGUACCACACUCCUUGGUUUUCUAUUCAAGAGUAAAAUGAAAAGGUUGAUACCACUCUCUGCUACAGUCAGGACACAACAUAGUUUUGCAUAGAGACUGACAACAGGAGACAGCUGACCUAGCUCUUGUCAAGUAACAACACCGUGAGGUUGCCAGGCCUAAGACUUAUAGAAGCCAGUGAUUUCAACCAAGAAAUAAUCAAUCACAGAACUAGCAAAGCCACAACUUUUUGCUUUUACUUUUUUUAAACCUUUGGAUAGAGUAAGGGUAGCUGUUUCCCCCUGCUUUCAGUCUUUUUGGGAAGCUAAACUAAUCAUUGAACGGCUCCACAUUCAUAUCCAUCACACGGCCAUGAGGGGGGUAAUAAACAAACAUGUUUCCCAAAAUACCAGACGAUUACUAAUGCUGUCUUAUUGGCCACCAGUGUAAAUUCUGGCAUAGAAAAAUCUAAUUUCUGCGUGCACCCAGUGUUUGGAUGCUGUGCACCAUGGGAUAGCAGAAUGAAAAUGGAAUGGCAUUACACCAACUAAGGACCUGUUGUUUGGACCAUAUGGUCUGUCUGGAGCAGCAAGUAAGAAUCAAAUGUCAUGCUGCUAGAGAGAAAAUUCUGUAAAUGAACACAACAUUAGCUGUGUGCGUGCGUGUGUUUGUCUUUUACAGUGUUAUGUGAGCAUGAGCUCAGCGUUAUGUCGAUACAGGAGACCAGGUUACAAACAAAAUGCACUUUUCCUCACGAAACCAGAUCAAACUGCCUCUUCUGCAAGUGUUUGUGCGUAAAUGUGCGGUGACAUUCAUUAGCUCCUCCACAGCUAAGUUCACAACCAGUUAGACUGCAUUUAAAGAGAGCAUUUCUCAGACAUUACAGCACAAAGUCCACAUGCUUUACUCUCUAAGUACGAGCCAGGCAGGUGAUGAAUGUCUCAGACGGCUGCCUCCAGCAGUGUGGUGAGGCAUACUGAUGUGCUACUCAGAGACUUCUGGCUGUCCCUGAAGCUGUUCCCCAUUUGAUAACAAAAUCAAUAUCUUAUCAAACUGAUUACAUGUGUUUCAAUAGAAGGACUCGUAAUCAGGUUAGAAUAACGUCUGGUCUUCCACGUGAUGCAGUCUGGGCCGACCAGCAGGAGAACAUGCAUCCUUUAUGACUUUAUUUUAGCUUAUCAUAAUUAAAGCCUCUUUUGCACAAUUUCUCUCUUUUAAAUUGUUCUUUUGAUCGGUUUCUAUUGACAGAAAAAAAUGGCAAAAUCAGUGGAAGUCGUAUGGUAAUGUUGUAAUGUUUUCAGCCUAUGUCUUGCGACAUUCAUGUCUCUGUGUUGUCGUUCAACACAGAGUUGCUUUAAAGCCCUUAAAAAUAUUUAAAAUCUUAAGAAUUUCUAAAUGACAUAUAGUAUUUAUGACUGAAUUAACUGCAGUCAUUGCUCAGAUCUUGAAAAUAACUUCCUUAAGUAUUAUUAUUAACAAUACAUCCAAAAUCUUCUUUAACCUGUUAAGCUAUUAAGCAAACAGCCCUCGCACAGUGAACAAAAUCUGAUAAAAUUGUUGCUAAAUUCAGAUUGGUACGGAAUUAAGGGCAUUGCCUUUUUUACAACACAGACUCACCCAGUGAGAAGACUUAUAAGUUGCUUCAAAUAUUAUUAGAUUAAGUUCAUUAGCUGUAAUAGAUCACACUUAAUUACUUCUUAAAAUGCUGCCCCAGAUUUGGGUAUUUAUUUCUGGGUAACAGGUUUAAUUUUAAUGAGAUAUUACAUUAUUAGCAGUGCUUGUGUGUCUCUCUCGUGUGAAAACCCAAAAAACAAGACCUGGACUAACUCUCACAGUCCACAAUGUGAUAUAGCUGCAAUAUAAUAAAAAAACAAAAAUAAAAAAAAACACGCAUCCUGAUACAAACGUGGUUAUGCUCCUUGAAGACCAGCAAUUUGAGUGCCAGGAGGAGCCACUAGAGCAGCGUGGAGUGGGGAUAAUCAGGACAGUAAUUACAGGCCUUAUGACAGAAAUGGUAUUUCUCAGAAAGGCCAAACCUGCCUCCAUGAUUCAUUGUUGUUUCACAUGAAAAGCUGAAUUAGCCGUCUCUACUCUUUCUCUCCCACUUUCCUGCUCUCCCCCUUUUUUUGUCUUCUUCCUCCCUAAAUGUCAGAGAGGAAGUGCUUUGAUAAUAGGUGGCCGGAGAGGAACUUUACUGAACUCAGCUCAGAUCUAAAAUCAAUGUGAAAAAGAGCAAAAGGUUGAAGAGGUAGCUCAGGCGGUGUGUGUUUCUGAAUGUUUGUGAAGCAGGAAGGAGUCAUUGCACCUGCACAUUCAUUUGUAAAGAGCCAGAAUUUCACGGCUACAACCUCUAUGUAUGCUAGCUGAUUAGCUCAAAAGGUUACAUCGAACAGUUUAGUUCCCAUUUUAAAGCGAAUUGAUGCAUUUUUUUAGGCCACAUGAAGUCAGGAAGAUGGUACGAAUCUAAAUGUAUCAUAAAUAUGAAGCUAUAGCCAGGAGUCGCUUUGUUUAGCUUAGCUUAGCUUAGCUUAGCACUAUGAUUGAGAACGGGGAAAAAUAGUAAUUAAAUUUUGGUACGAAUUGAAAAAAUGCAAUACAAAAAUAUUUGUGAACUUCAGAGAUAACAAUAGGUAGUUUUUUAAAAAUAAUUUAAGAGUCAAACUAGUUUGCUCUUUCCCACUAAUUUCAACUUUUGGCCUCUCAUAAGCUAAUCUAACCAUCUCCUGACCAUCUUCAUAUUUGCCAUGAUGUACUGACAGAAGAGUGGUAUCAAUCUUGUCAUCUAUCAGAAAGAAAAUGAAUAAGUGUGCUUCCCAAAACUAAAUAAUUUCCUCGAUUUAUUAUAGUGAAUGAUGCGCCAAUUUUGAAAGGUGGUUGUAUUUACAAAAGUAAGUACAGCCUGUGUUUUGGGGAAAAGGGCAGUCCUUUCUGUUUGAAGUCAUAUUCUGGCUGAGUAGUUCUAAAAAAAUUUGCAGAUUUGUUCAUCUGACUGUCUCAGAAAUGAUGGUGGUAAAAGCCAUUUGGUCAUGGAAAGAUGUGAAGGAGAGAAAAAGAAUCAGAGUAAAGUAAAACUCUUCAUAUUCAUACACUGUCAAUCAGUGAACUUCUCUGUAUGUUCGAGUAAGGAACUACAACAUGCUUGUAUCUCCUUUUGUUUGUGUGCAACAUGCCUGUGCAGUCAAUUUAGGAAAGAAGAUUUAAGAAAGUUGUUUUACAUGGGAUCAUUGCCAUUUCCGAUUUUCACACAUAAAUAUUAGACUUCUCUCCUGUCAGCAAAUCAGAUUAUCUCCUCCUUCUCCCUCAGCCAAGGAGCAUGCUCCCUCCCUAAAGCCACAGAACGAGCCUCCUCUGUGUGAUAAUGUAAUGAUAAAUCUACAUGUACAUUACAAUACGACUGUAAUCGUAUUUAUGAAUAUAAACAGAUAUAAUAUGUAAAUGUACCACUAGCUUAGGCUUAAUUUCAUAUGAUGACACGGCUACUGUGUAUGUGAGACAAAGAGAGAGAGAGAGAGUGUGUGAGUGUGUACAUGGCGAGCCUGAGUAACUGUGAGUGCUUGUGGAAGCUCGGUGUGUGUGUGUGUGUGUGGCACUUGUGCGAGUGUUCACGUGUUUUGUAUUUGUAUCAUUUGUGUAACAAGAGAUGCCUCAGACUAGUUUAACUUUGUAAAAAAAUGUAAGUGUAAAUCCUCACAAUGAAGCACUGAGUAUUAUUACCCACAACUACAUUUGCUUUUGUGGUCCGCUGGUAUACAGUAUGUGCCGUCUCCAACGUGGGACACGUUUUGUUGGCGUACUGUUGCAGUUUUACAAGUAAUACUCAUAUAUGCUGGUUAGUUUUCACCAAGUGACAGAUCAGUGGCGAGUAGAGGGUUUUUUUGAAAUGAUGCUUGUGUGGCAGGAGAAGCCUGAAGUGUGAAGGAGGGCUGUAUGUUAUUAAUGUGAUAAAAAAAAACAGCCCUAUGUCACAGUGUCACCCAGUGGAUGGAAGCGUAAUGCCACCGCUCACAGCUCAACUACUGUACAGUCCUCUCCAUUUAUUAUGUAACGAACAUGCCUGGAGAUCAAAGCUAGCUACAUUAUGUAAUGCAGACAGCUUUCUCAGAUUAUUUUCGCUCUCACAGUCAUGGUUUCUCUAAAAAGAAGUGCGGAAAUAUGACAGUGGAGUAAGGCUUUUAUAGGUUGUAAGGUAAGUUUAGUUGGUUCAUGGAGUGGAGGCACAAAUGCAGCCUUGCAUGCAGAGGCUAAACCUUUCCAGACAUUCAGUUGUCUAUAUGGAAAGGAUCCAAUUGGUUUGAAAGUUUAGAGCGGCAUGUGGAAACAAAACAGUCUGAUGCAGAGUUUUUUGUCAUGUUACUGAGUGACACUUAAAGCUGCAUUAAUAACAUUUCUCUUUUGGAAUUAUUUUGUAAUUACAAUGUGACAAACCCAUUACUACGCCCAACUCUUUCUAAGCUUUUAAGCCAGUUUUAACUCAUUGUUUUGGUUUUGCUGCCUACACUUCCACUUCCAUCAACCCCAUUUCCACAGCAGUUUAUAAAUGUAUAUCUAAAUGCAACCUGCAUGCAAACUAAAAUUCUUCAGGAAUUGGUUAAGACCUCAACACAAAUGAAGCAGGUCCAAAUGACCAAAUUGCUACCUUUACUGUGGUGAUAUAUAAUAAUUUUGUGCAAAUAUUUUUAGUUUUUCAACUGUUCCCAAAGCAAAACAAAACCACAAAAAAAAACUAUUUUGCUGCAGCUUUAAAGCUAAUUUAAAAACCCCUUAUUUUAAUGAGCAUCCAGCAAAAGAUUUUUCUUGAAACUAGAAACACAAUCAUCCUAACUUUUAAGAUGGCAUAAAUCAUUAUUAAACUUGUUGAAAUUAGACUGCGUUGCUCCUCUGGAAGGCAUUUUUGCACAUAUUUGAAGAAAAAUAAAAACGUGAUAUUGAACCGGCCCUGAUUGUACAUUGUUUCCUAACAGUUUUGUUGUUUUUUCCUCCCUCCAUUAUUGCCAUAGGCUUGAUUAAGCAUCCUAUUUUAUAGUUUGAUCAGAAUACAUUGGUUCACAAAGUGGCUUUACAAUGUGUUCAUCUCGGCACUCCUCUGCUGAUUAGACUCUGUCCAUCCUCAUUAGCACCGGUUCAGAGCGAGACAGCCACUUUAACGUUCCCUCCUAAGACUGCAGACACCUUUGGUUUUUCUUGCUCUCUCAUCAGGCGAUUUUCACGCAGUUACAUAGACAAAAAAAAAAUCAGCAUUUGCUCUGCGGAUUUCAUGUGCCAAAGAUGGGUUUGUGUUGCAUUUAAAAACCGAAAGAUAUGACUGCUGUGGUUGUGCUAGGUGAAGUUAAACAUGAAGUGAUGCUGUAUUGAUCACAUGUGGCGCAGCUCAUCAGUUGUAAAGUCUUCAGAACGCUCUGAGCAGACACUCUGAGCUGUCUGACACCAAUAUAAACAUGGAUAUUCUACUUUUCUUUUUUGACAGGGGAUCAUUUGUGCUCGGUUGUGCAAUAUAAUUCUAAUCUUAAACAUUUCUCUAAGAUGUUCAUGUAAAUGUCUAUUUGUCCCGUCGGAUGAUUUUUGCUUUUGUUUUUCUUUUGUUUUCAAUAUUGUUAGACUCCUAGAACAAAGACAAUGUAAUUAUUUUUGUUACAUAGAAUAAAACACAUGGAUGUCGAGAGUGAA